CGUAGCCCCGCCCACCACGCACGUGACCACGUCGCGUACAGUGCUCACUGUACCCGCCCCCUUGGGCCCGUGUUCUCUUAAACUCUGCGCACUUGAUUUUCGGAGCAACGUUUCGGGCGUUGAUCCUCAUUCAUGGCGCAUUUUAAGCCAGCAUUGGCCUCCACUCGGCCGUGGCGACGUUGAAGGAGAGCUUGAUGCAAUGUAUUGGCGAUGUUUUUGCUACGUCUGAUUUUCGACGUUCCAUUAACUCAUUCAAUAUAAUCUUGAUUCGAAUCUUGAUUUGAAUCUUUAUUUUAAGUUUUAUGUAUAUACUGUAUCCUUAAUUAGACAUUUCAAAACGUCUUUAAUAUUUAAAUUAUCGACAUUUUGUCAUUUUCAUUGUUCAAAUAUUACGUUUGUUACACAUUUUUAAAUAGCGCGAAUCUUCAAUUAUUGGCAAUCUAUAUUAAUUUUUGAUAAUCGGAUUUUUUUUAUCACAUGCUUUCAUAAUCUCAUAAAUUCACGAGGCAAUACACAUCUAUCAAACGUACAGGAUCAACGCUGAGUCGUGAGUUUCUAAGCGUGCCUCCUGAAUCUGCACCGCUGAACACGGCGCGCCAUAAAGGACACCGCGAUUGUUACGCUAAUCUUUUGAACAUUUGUCAAAAUAAACAGCCGUGGUUUUGUUUAUUCGUUAAAAGAUAAAUACAAUUAACCACGUGCGCCCUGAAUUUUGGCCAAACCCUGUACAGUCACCACCCCCCCCACCGCCACCACGUGGCCGCGCGCUCCGCCCCUGGUACGUGCGUGGUAGCGGGUGGUGGUACUGUUACUGGCUGUGCUCCUAGGUAGACUCAGCCUCAAAUGAGUGCCCGGCGCGGUGUGCGGUAAACGUCGUCACGAGGGAGACAAAGGCGGUCUUGGUGUGGUUCUGGCCAGCUGUGUUAGGGGCUUAGGCACGGAGGAUCUUCGGCGCUGUUGGUUGUAGUUAGUGGUGGUGGUUGGUGGUCGUGGUUGUUCAGGCUGAGCGGUGCGCCAUGGAAGACCUCGUGGAGGCGCUGUUCGAGGCGGAGGCAGUGAAGUUUGGAAACUUCACGCUCAAGAGCGGCCUCGCCUCCCCCAUCUACUUCGAUCUCCGUGUCAUCGUCUCGCACCCGCGCCUCAUGCUGCAGGUGGCGGAGCGCCUAUGGGAUGUGGGCCGUUCCGUGUGCCACUCGGCGCUGCUGUGCGGCGUACCCUACACGGCGCUGCCCAUCGCCACGCUCAUGGCCACGGCGCACGAGAGGCCCAUGCUCAUGAGGCGCAAGGAAGCCAAGCAGUACGGCACGGCGCGCAUGCUGGAGGGCGCGUUCGCGGCUGGAGACGUGUGCGUGGUGGUGGAGGACGUCGUCACCAGCGGAUCCAGCGUGCUCGAGACGGCGGACGUGCUGCGUCAGCACGGCCUGCAGGUGCGCGACGCGCUGGUGCUGUUGGACCGCGAGCAGGGUGGCCGCGAGAUCCUGGCCGGCGCUGGCAUCACCCUGCACUCGGUGUGCACCGUGUCUCGGCUCAUGCAGGUGCUGCUGGACCGCGGCCGCGUCGACCGGGCCACGGUCGACUCCGUGUCCGCCUUCAUUUCCCAAAACCGCGCUACGUCGCCGCCUCGUGCCUCGUCGCCCGCGCCCUCGCUCGUACCCGCCCCCGGCGGCGGGCCGGGCGCGGUGGCACAGAGCUACGGGCAGCGCGCGCGUCUCCCGUCGACGUCGGCCGUCGCCUCGCGGCUCCUCCUCCUCAUGGAGGAGAAGCGCAGCAAUCUGUGCGUGUCGGCCGACGUGCGCACGGCCGCCGAGCUGCUGACGGUGGCGCGCGCCGUGGGCCCCCACGUGUGCCUCCUCAAGACGCACGUGGACGCGCUCGACGACUUCACGGCCGACCUGCCGGAGCGCCUCGCCGAGCUGGCGCGGAGCCACCGCUUCCUGCUGCUCGAGGACCGCAAAUUCGCCGACAUCGGCCACACCGCCCGGCGGCAGUACCAGGGAGGGGUCUUUGGCAUCGCGAGCUGGGCGGAUCUGGUGACGGCUCAUGCUGUGUCAGGCCCCGGGGGGCUGGAGGCCCUGGCCGGGGUGGGAGUGCCCCUGGGGAGGGGCUGCCUCCUCAUCGCGAAGAUGAGCUCACAGGGGGCGCUCACCACACAGGGGUACAUGCAGGCAACGGUGGCAAUGGCCGAGGCGCGUCGCGACUUUGUGCUGGGAUUCAUCAGCACGGAGCGCGUCACCCACGACCCCUCCCUGCUGCACGUCACCCCCGGGGUCAAGCUACAGCCGGGAGGCGACGACCUGGGUCAGCAGUACUUGACCCCGGAGGAGGUGGUGGGUCGUCGAGGCUGCGACGUGAUGGUGGUGGGCCGCGGCGUGCUGGAGGCCACCGACGUGACCGCCGCCGCCCGGCUCUACCAGCAGGCCGGCUGGGACGCCUACUGCGGACGCCUCCAGCCCGCCACCGCCUCGUAGCGCGGGGACAGCGACACGGGUGGGGCAACGCGACCGAGCGGCACAGGGCAGGGGCAGCGUGCGCAGGGAAGUAGCAUACAAAGGGGCGGCAUAGACAGGGCAAAGGCAGCAUGUAGCAGGGGGCUGAAGAAAUCUGCACUCUCGGUUCCUAUUGGAUUGCACUGGCGACGACGUCUGUAAGGGCGUGUGGCAACGACGCCUGUAAGGGCGCGUGGAGACGUCCGCGGUUUGUCUCGGCCUGAAUAAAGCUACAUUGAAUAACC